UUUAAAGCUCAUUACCUAUUUCUCUGCUGUCAAUCUCAACUUUUUCUUUCUCAGAAACCUUCUUCUUUUGCAGCCUCUGAGCAACUCUCUCUCUCUCUCUCCUCAACUCUUCUACUUUUAUAUACAACUUGUUGCCUUUGUGAACUUUGAAAGCUUAUCCAUCUCUUGUUCAUAUGGAUAAUCUGGUGGGCACUAAUAUUCACAGUAGUAGCAGUAGUCUUCCAGACAGAAAAGCUCCCAGAAAGUCCAAAACCAAUAAGAAUAAGCCAAUGAAAGUUGUCUACAUAUCCAACCCCAUGAAGUUCAAGACCUGUGCCUCUAAAUUCAGGGCCUUGGUGCAAGAAUUCACUGGUCAAGAUGCCAAAUUUCCUGACCCAAGUAGGUUUCUUGAUAGUGAUAGUGAUGUCGGUGACUGCGGAUGCGGCGGCGGCAAUAAUCAAACGGUUGAACAUGAGGGAUCAGAAACGGUUGAUGAUCAUAAGGUCCCCAUAGUGGAUCUUGAUGCUGAGCAGGGUAGAACACCAGAUCAUGCUACUCCACUUCCACUGGAGUCAUCUUUUGAUGAUAUUUUCAUGGCUCAGAUGUUUGAGAAUUUGUCAGGAUUAAUGCCAUCAAGUUUAUUGUAUGAAUCUUCUGCAAAUGUAAACUGAGUAAGCUGUCUGUUUUGGUUCCUACCAUGGUUGUAUCUUAUCAUCUGCACUUGGUAAUUAACCUUGCUUCCUAAUUUCUGUAUGUAAUUGCUAGUUAUGAUAACUGUGGAAUCUGAUAUUGGGUUAUUGAAGUUCUUCCACUUCUAUAAUAUUUCUUUUGGGUAUUCGUUACUCAAUUUCU